AUGGAGAUUUACGGUUUUAGCAGAGAACAAUCCACGUUUAAGCUCCAGGCUGAAGACACCAACUCUUCCUUGUUUCUUCCAUGUAGAUCUGACAAUGUGGUGAUGAGUGCGUGUGUUCUACAGGGUCUGUGGGACUUGGUCAGAUUGGGACAAGAGCGGCUUCUCGUGUCCCCGUACCUGCCCGCCUGCUGGGCCUUUCUCACCCACUUGUCCCUUUGCGCGCCUUUCUUCCUCCUGGACCUGCUGUCUCUAUCCAGCGCCCGAGUUCGCAGCUGGAGGCUCGGCGCACUCCCGGCCCCCGGCGUUCGUCACUGGCUAGAGUGUCUAAUGCGGCUGACGCGCAGGUACAUGGUGUGGGUGCUGCCAGUAACCGCGCUGCUGCAGUGGGCGCUCAGGGGCCCCGAGCUGCCCCACAAAGCCCCCUCCUGUGUCCGGCUGUGCGCGGAGGUUGGUGCGUGCUUCCUGCUCUUCGACGCGCUCUUCUUCGUCUGGCACUAUUCCAUGCACAGGUUCCCGUGGCUGUACCGUAACAUCCACCAGGAGCACCACACCAGUAAGGCGCUGGUGGCUUUAGCAGCGCAGGACUCCAGCGGGCCCGAGCUGCUGUCCCUGCUGCUCCUCGCCCUCCUCUGUGUUCGCCUCGUGGACUGCCACCCCCUCAGCGAGGCAAUGUUCCACCUGCUCAACAGCUGGGCAGCGGUGGAGGACCACUGCGGCUACGACCUGCCCUGGGGCCUGCACAGACUGUUCCCCGCCUUAGGCCUAGGUGGCGCUCCCUUUCACCAGGCCCACCACACCAAGCACAGCGGCAACUACGCGCCAUACUUCACCCACUGGGACCGGCUGUUUGGCACCUACAAGCACUGA